GAUCGUCUUUGCAUGAAUUAACUUUGGGUCAGUCUCGCCGGGGAUUUAUAAUUGAACCUCCGUUAAUGAUGGCUGGAACCCAAGAAUUCAAACGGUGAAAAAUAUCUCUUUACAGUAUGGAAAGCGACGAUUUACGAAAGCGUACAGAUACAAGCAGCACGGCUUUCGCUGUCACUUCAAGCGAGACUUUAAGCGCUGAUGGUGAUUCCACUUCGAAAGAAGUCAUUCAUUCACGUCCUUGGCUCAAGUGGCCCGUGGCUGCGUAUGAACCCAAAAAAUACUGGACAGGAUUCCUCUUACGAUUCGCUGUCUUGAUCGCUCUCAUUGCUGUUCUCAUUGGCAUCGGACUUGGCUUGCGAUAUACAGAUGGAAUUCCUGAUCAUGAAGAUUUCUCCCAGAUGCAGUUCGACUGGCGAGUAGAUCCUUCCAGCUAUCUGAAGCCAUUCAACGAGUCGUUUCAGUAUAAUACCCUUCUCGACGGCCAUGCUCAUUCCACCUACAGUGACGGUCGCUUAAAUGCGAGACAAUUGCUUGAAUGGCAUAUUGCUAAUGGUUACAAUGCCGUGAUAGUCACGGAUCAUAAUUCUGUUCAUGGAGGGUUGGCUGUUGAGCAAUUGGCGCUAAAGGAAUAUGCGGAUAAAAUCACCGUCAUCCCCGGCAUGGAAUACACAUGUUGUCGAAUACAUAUGAACUUCAUCGAUAUCAAUGAAACAGUACCUGUUGGGCCUCCUGUACCUUCAGAUGAGGAUUUGCGAAAGGCAAUUGAACGUGUUCAUGCUCUGGGUGGCCUCGUCAUAGUCAACCAUAUUCCUUGGAGUAACACAACAGAGUAUGGUUAUGAAUUACCAAGGUUACCGAACCAUCCAUCCGUUGCCGAUCUAAUCGACUGGGGAGUGGAUGGCUUCGAAGUAGUUCAUCAAGAUACUUUCGACUAUCCUACUUUUCAAACGACGCAAGCUCGCAAUUUGAUUCAGAUGACCGGCACCGAUUUACACCAUCCGUCGGUUGCAGCGAAUGUCUGGCUUGUUGUCAAUGCCGUGAAUAAUACACGGAAAGCCAUCAUGGAUGAAAUUCGUGCCAGGCGCACCUCCUUCCUUUUCGAUCCUGCUGGUACACCUCAACGUGCGUAUCCGGUACCAUCAAAGAAAUACGCGCUACUAAGCCCUCUGCUGACUCUCGGCGGUUACUUUGGUAUCUUUUACUCGGACUCGAAGGGGAUGUACAGUUUUCAGGGUACUUUUUGUCACCCUGAGAAGUUGCAAGUGCAUAAAGACGUUAUUGGCUGGUUCAUCUUCUGGGUCUUCAUCGGCAUUAUCGCCUUUGAACUGGUACGCUUACUCAUACUCGUUACCUGGGAUGUCAUGGUACGCCGCUGGCGACGACGAAGGGCCAAUAUCAUGGGGUUGGAUGAGUAACCAUACUGUACUUUUAGCAUUCAUGUAAAAUAAACCAUUGCGGCAUAUCCUGCAUAAAGAUGCUGCAUUUCAAACCCAAU